GAUAUCACACUGAGCAGCACAAAGGAUUUUAUGUCUGAUAUUAUCGAGAUGCCAUUACAACAGACUGCCAAUAAUCAAAACAAUGAUGAUGGUUUAUCAGUAUCCGACACAAUAUCAUGUGCUUUGAACACAAAUAAUAGUAAUAACAUGAAUGCAAAGCAAAUACGGCAAGCCUAUAUCGACUUCUUCAAGAGCAAGGGACACGAAUAUGUACAUUCGAGCUCAACGAUACCCCACGAUGAUCCAACUUUGCUUUUCACGAAUGCUGGGAUGAAUCAAUUUAAGCCGAUAUUCUUAGGAACGGUUGAUCCCAACAGCGAUAUGGCGAAAUGGGUGCGCGUUGUUAAUAGCCAAAAGUGCAUCCGAGCUGGUGGCAAGCACAAUGAUCUGGAUGACGUUGGUAAAGAUGUUUAUCAUCAUACGUUCUUUGAGAUGAUGGGAAAUUGGUCUUUUGGUGAUUAUUUCAAGAAAGAGAUAUGUACUUGGGCCUGGGAAUUUUUAACAGAUGUGUUGAAACUAUCAGCUGAUAGAUUGUAUGUCACAUAUUUUGGUGGGGAUAAGAAAAACGGAUUAGCACCAGACGAUGAGUGCAAAAAUCUCUGGCUUUCUCUUGGAGUUCCUGCCUCGCAUGUUUUACCAGGCAACAUGAAGGAUAAUUUUUGGGAAAUGGGCGAAACUGGACCUUGCGGACCGUGCAGUGAACUGCAUUACGAUCGUAUUGGUGAUAGAGAAGCAGCUCAUCUUGUGAAUAUGGAUGAUCCCGAUGUAUUAGAAAUUUGGAAUCUUGUGUUUAUUCAAUACAAUAGGGAGUCAGAUGGUAGUCUUAAAUCAUUACCAAAAAAGCAUAUAGACUGCGGCUUGGGUUUAGAACGACUGGUAUCGGUGAUUCAAAAUAAACGUGCUAAUUAUGAUACAGAUCUAUUUAUGCCUUUGUUCACCGCAAUUGAGAAAGGUACAGGUGCACCUUCUUAUCAAGGUAAAGUAGGAGCUGACGAUGUUAAUGGAAUCGAUAUGGCAUACAGAGUUCUGGCUGAUCAUGCUCGAACUCUUACAAUUGCUUUGGCAGAUGGAGGAGUGCCUGAUAAUACUGGCAGAGGAUAUGUGCUAAGGAGAAUUUUACGACGCGCUGUACGCUACGCAAUCGAGAAAUUAAACGCUAAACCAGGCUUCUUCGGAACUCUUGUAAACGUAGUAGUCGAUCUUCUCGGUGAUGUUUUUCCAGAAGUAAAAAAAGAUCCGCAAAGUAUUAUUGAGACUAUCAAUGAAGAAGAAAGUCAGUUUUUGAAAACUUUAUCGCGGGGUCGUAAUUUAUUGAACAGAACGAUAGCAAAGCUGGAAUCAGCUGACACUGUGCCAGGUGAUGUCGCGUGGCGUUUAUAUGACACUUAUGGUUUCCCGAUAGAUCUCACUCAGUUAAUGACCGAAGAGAAAGGAUUGAAGAUUGAUAUGGCAGGCUAUGAAGAAUCUAAGAAACAAGCUCAAUUAAUUUCUCAAGGUAAAGCUGGUGGUGUAGAUGAUCAAAUUAAUCUGGAUGUCCAUGCCAUCACUGAAUUGCAAAAUCAAGGCGUUAAACCUACGGACGAUUCUCCUAAAUAUAAUUAUAAAGUAACAAACAAAACUAAAUAUAAAGAGUAUGAAUUUGCACCAUGUACCGGUACUGUAAUUGCACUAAGACGCGCUAAGACUUUCGUCAAUGAAGUAUCUUCUGGCGAAGUGGUUGGAAUUUUAUUGGACAGAACGAAUUUUUAUGCGGAGCAAGGAGGACAAAUAUACGAUGAAGGAUUUUUAGUGAAAGUCAAUGAUGAGACUACAGAGAUUCGUAUAAAAAACGUUCAAGUCAGAGCUGGUUAUGUGUUACACAUUGGUAUUGUGGGCGAAGGCAAAUUAAAAAAAGGAGAUAAAGUUCGUACAAAUGUGGAUACGGAACGUAGACGGCUCGUGAUGGCUAAUCACAGUGCCACGCACGUUUUGAAUUAUGCGCUUAGGAAGGUCUUGGGAACUGAAGCCGAUCAGAAAGGAUCAUUGGUUACACCUGAUAGACUCCGCUUUGACUUUACAAACAAAGGACCAAUGACAGGACAACAGUUGAAAGAAACGGAAUUGUCAGUUAUUGCCAUAAUAAGGAAAAAUGAGAAAAUUUAUGCUAAGGAAAGUAACUUAGCUACAGCAAAAACUAUUCAGGGUUUGCGUGCAAUGUUCGAGGAAACGUAUCCUGAUCCAGUGCGUGUUGUUAGUGUGGGCAUACCGGUUGAAAACUUAGAAAAAGAUCCCUUAAGUACAGCCGCUCUUGAAACCAGCGUAGAAUUUUGCGGGGGAACACAUUUGCAUUACACUAGCCAUAUAGGUGAUUUUGUAAUAGCCAGUGAAGAUGCUAUCGCUAAAGGUAUUAGACGCAUAGUAGCACUCACUGGACCGGAAGCAAGAAAAGCCAUAAGAACGGCGGGGAGAUUUGGAUCAGAUAUAACAAUGUCUGAAUGUCAAUAUCAGAUGAAUGAUAUGAACUCUAAGGAAUAUGUGAGAAAGAUAGUAGAAUUAACAGAGGAAAUAUCUCAAGCCCUUAUUCCUGCAUAUCGGAAGGAUGACUUGCGCAAUCAUUUGAAAGAAAUGAAGAAGUCUCUCGACGAUAAAGAACGUGCAGCAAAGGCGGCUGUCGCUACCACAGUCGUACAAACUGCUCAGUCUAUAAUAGAGUCUAAAGUUGGAUGUCAAGUCUUAGUCGAGGUGCUGGAAGCCUACAGUAAUACAAAAGCUCUAGAUUCAGCAUUAAAGAAAAUCAGGGCUAUAUCGCCAGAAACUAGUGCUUUGCUUAUAAGUGUCGAUCAUGAUGUCAAAAAAAUAUUCGCUCUCAGUUCUGUUCCUAAAUCUGCAAUAUCCAAAGGAUUGAAAGCAAAUGAAUGGAUUCAGGCAAUUACAUCUUUGAUGCAAGGCAAAGGAGGUGGGAAAUCUGAAUCUGCACAAGCUUCCGGUUUGAACGUAGCUUGUUUGAAUGAAAUAGUAAGCAAAGCUAAUGAGUUUGCCGACCAAAAACUUGGAAUUAUAAACAAGAUUACUACUAACAAUACUUGUAAAACUUCAGAAACUUUUCGAUUACUUAACACGGGAUCUUCAUUAAAAUUAGUACUUUAUGGGAACAUUGGAAGCAUUAAAUGCUAUUUAGCACAAAUAAUCUCACAGUAUAGUGGCAAGCAUUUGACUAUUAAGCAAGUUGAUAAUAAAAUACAUUUUAGUGAUAUAAUGUUAGAAACAACAAAUGUAACGUUACACGACAGCAAUGCCAUUGCAUUCUUUUUAUCAAAUUCGCAGCUACGGCGUGAUGACGAUUUGUUUGCAUGCAGUCAAGUUUUGCAAUGGAUGAGUUAUGUACAAAACCACAUUUUACCAAUGGUUAGUGGCUGGGUACUUUCUUCACUUAAGGUUUAUGUAUCAGGAAAUACGAGAAUGAAUGUAAAAACCUCAAAAGUGGAUCUUUUUUACGCUCUAAGAAGACUGGAUAACAUACUGCAUACAAAGACAUAUUUGAUAGACGAAAGGAUCACUCUUGCAGAUAUAUCCGUUUUUACCGCAUUGCUGCCUUUAUACGAACAUGUAUUUAAUCCACGUUACAGAGAACAAUAUGUGAAUGUGACCAAAUGGUUUUCGACGAUCCUAAAUCAGCCACAAGUAAAAUGUGUAGUGAAAAAUUUUACAUUUUGUAUGGAAGCUACGUGAUUUUAACGCCAUUGCAAU